AUGACUACAGAUCUAGAUCCCUCCGUCUCUUCCGCCAUCUCGGCGCCUUCUGCACAGUCUCACUCGCGAGACACGCGCCUUAUCCGUGAAUCACGUCUAGCUCCCUUGUUACUCUUGUCUUCUCCGCCAUCAGAAGACCUGAGCCUAUCAACCGUUAGCUCCUCCGUUCAACGAACCUCACCGCAGAGUAUCACCCUCGAGCCCCCGCCUCUCCCAUUUCUAUCCUCACAUCGUGCAACCGAAGAAUCUCGGCCCUCUUCGCCAGUCAUUCGCAAGGCGGAAAGUAGCAUCUACUACACCACUGCGUGGGGAUCCCCUUAUGCAGCACCUAGCACUCGGAGACUGUCAGUGACCAAUAGUCAAAUCGAAUUCGUUGGGCUCGACCACGGAUCUGGUCCUAGCUCGCCUGUCUCGUCAGUGGCCAAUUACACCGAGUUGCGGAGAUCUAGUAUCGUCAAAGACGUUACACUUGAACCUGUGGGCCACGACACCCCCGCCAAUAACGGAGAUAAAUCCACACGGGACUUUACGCAGGAUUGGAUCAAUCAGUACCUUACCGGUCAACCAAGAACGGAGCGCAGCAAUUGGCUCAGCGACGAUUCAGGAAGUGAAGCGCCUUCGUUUUUCACUGCGAGGAACCAUUUUGCCGACGACGCUUCGGACGACUGGCUUGGUCUGGAAGACGACUUCCGCUCCAACGACCUCUUGAAAACUCCAACCCUUUCUGAUUUUGUUGGGAAAAAAGCCGCUGCGCGUGCAAAAGCCAACAAAACCUUGCACAAACGCGCAGACACCUUGCGACAGGAGGACUUUUGGGGAUUUGCUUACGAUAAAGAUCCACCACAAAACAACAUGUCAGACUCAAAUACACCUACCGUCGAGGUAAACUUGUCCGUAGACAAGCCGUUACCUCCUCCGCCCCCAAACGAGACGGAGGACGUUGCAAAAAUGGAAGAUCCACUCAACCCGGGUCCACUAAAAACACAGGUUUCUAUUAUCGGCAAAUCAGCCAUCCAGACACCACAGCGGAGAAAGAAGUUGAACUGGCGCGGGAAAGCCUGCAUAAUAGAGCUGCCACACAAUGAUAAGAGAGGUUUAAAACCUGGGUAUCGUCUUCUAACACCGACCGACGUUCAACAGCGAAUGCAACAAUGGGAGAACGAAGGGUACGAUGUUCGUGGAUUCACCAUUGGCGAUUCCGAGGACCCCUCAUCAAUGACAACUCUAGGAGGUCUCAGCAGACCUCUAUAUCCCGACCCAUACAACCUCCAUGAAUUUUCCAAGGGCCAACCGCUCGUUGUCAAAUUCCCAGACAGGGCCAAGUGGGAGGCUUACAUCACCGAGCUCCAGGAAGAAAAGCUACGCGCCCUAGGAGUGUCAUGCGGCAACGAUGAGCCUGAGCAACCCAUUAUGCCCGAUUACUCACUCAACCCCAGUGGUACACCCUUCCCGGGCCUUGUUGCAUCCCCGCCGAUUCCUACUGCGUCUGCAGCAAGCAACGCUCUCGGCCAUAUUCACCCAUUCUCGCCUCACUUCAACCAAUCAUCAAUGCCUCCAUCUGGUGCGAUGGGAUCCCUGGCAUCACCUUCACCAUUCGGUAUGCAGACGCCUUUCAUAGGCGCGGAGCAAAGCAUGAUGGGUGGAUUCCCCUUCCAAUUCCAGCCCACGCCUCCUACUCAGGGAGCAUUGACCCCCCAAGGCUUUAUAAACGUUCGGCAGGCAACCUCAUCAGCUGGCCCAGGGGCAAUGAGCAACUUUGCCUCCAUACUACCAACAGUUUCUCCGCUACAUGACCAAGGGUCGUUCCACCCCGGGUUCAACGAUAAGGGUGUAUUUGAUGGUCAAUUUGGCCAUGGUAUGCAUCAGGAAGGCCUGCCAUAUCAGGCUCCACAGACGCCGGUCAAUGGACACUCAGAUCAUUUCCACGCAUCAAACGUCGAAAUUGCCCAGCCGACACCUCGAGGCCAUGGUCAUAAUUUAAGCGAAACUCUGCAAAGAGGACUGGACCAGAUGGCACAUACCGAUUACCAUCUGGAAAACUCGAUCGAACGGCAAAUGGAGGAUGAUUACCGUGAUGUGGGCGACCGUGCAGGCCUGAAUGCGAACGCCCUUAAGGCGCGCUGGGGAUUGCCAGAAAACGAACACCUCGCACCGAACCCUUCUCAUCAUGCACCUCAUCCUUUCGUCCAGCACCAGCUCCCUAACCAAUUAUAUGGAGACCAUUAUCAACAACACAAUGGUCUUGAUGCUUCUGAUCUCGACACAAACCCCAGUGUUGCGGGUACGCCGCAGACUCGCCAAGGGCCGUGGCAGGAGAACCAACCCAGCGGCCACUCAUACCGCGGAGGCCACCAAUCGCAGCUCUCGAUUUCAUCACUCAACGUUAAAGCCAAAGAAUUCGAUCCAACCGCAUCGUUCAAUUCCCAGGCUGUGCCAUUCGGCAAUGACCCAUUCCAGUUUGGUGACAGAAGCGAGCAAGGACUCGGUUUUGUCCCGCCUCCCUCAUUCACGCCUGGUAGCAGUAUGAAUGGCCCAAUCGAUUCUAAGCUGAAACAAAAUGCCAGUGGUAGUGGCGGAUUCAAGUUUUCCGCCGCAUCGUUCAAUGUUGACGCACCUGUCUUCAACCCCAAUCCCUCAAUAAGUCUCAAGUCGAAUGCCAACUCCGAGCAGCCUCCCGUUGGUCGCACCAAGAUCUUCGGUGACAUUGGCAUCAACAAGAUCGCCACUCCUGACAAGAAGUCCAAGGCUAUUCCUAUUGUGCGACCCGAUGAGGUUAAACAGGAGAUUAAUGAGAAAGAGCGGGUAGUUGAAGAUGACACCAAUGGUCGUCCUAUGCAGCCUACUGACCGCCACAAGCGUGCGCGUCGCGGUAUCGGUCAUGCUGAAGAUGAGGCUGAAUAUAGUACAUCGACCCACCCUCUGGGCGAGGCAGGCAACGCUCAAGCUUCGAGUGCGCCCCAUGCUGUCGCCGAGGGCAAGGAGAAUGCCAUUCCCACAGAGAACAAUCCACUAGAGCGGACAGGCACCCCUGUCAGCGAAGCCGACACUUGGACUCUGUUCGAUGCGAAGCGGGAGGCCGAGAACCGAUCUCAAACUGGAUCGCCGGCCCAGGCAGAGUCAUCUAAAGAUCUUGUUGUCAAAGAACGUAAACCAAGGGAGCGUGCUGCGGGAGACAGUACGUCUGUCACUGUCUCGAAUGGUGUCGACCACACUCCGCAUGCAUCCAAGAGCUCAGUCAAGAGAACCGUGCUGUCGCCUAAUGCCCAGCCUUUUGAGUUCAAGCCUGCUGUUUCUGUAUUUGUUCCCGCGACUAUUCAGCCAUCUAGCUUUGCUGAGAAAAAGCCGGUCGAAGCAAACCACACUAAGGAGCCUGCCAAGAGUCUCGCCGAAGAUAAACUCAAGCAAGCUGGACUCAUGGCUUCUCGCUUCGCCGCCACAAGCCCACCCGAGAAGGCAGUCUUACCAACUGAGCCAGAGGGCAAGACUGCAACCCGCGUGGAGACAGAACUCAUUACUCGCCAAUCUAAGCACUACGACAGCCCAUGGGACUCCGAGGACGACUCGCCUGACGAUGAGGAGCUGAAUGCUAUCAUGGAACAACUAAACGACGACGACGCAGAUAUCGGCAUCGAACGGCAAGCGAUUUCUUACAACACCAUUCACGCGACCCCCUUCCAAUCGCGACACCACCACCUCACGGAGUCGAUGGGCGGCCCUACGAAGGAACAGCGGUUUGGUUCUGCAGAGGCCCGAAGCGAAGCCCCCAGCCCGAGCCCUGGUGGAGCCCCCAAGACCUACAAGCUCAGCGUUCCUAAACUUGGCUCUGACGUCGAUGCCAACAGCAAUGCUACCUUCUCUCCGCAGAAGAGCCUUAUCUCUCGUCUGCAGUCCCCUGUGCGCCACCUUGUUACUGAGAAUGACCACGUCAGUGACUGGGAUGAUAUGAUCUCCGCCGGGGAAGACGAGAAGUUUAUGAACCGUAACCGCUUCUUCGACCGUCGCAUCAAUGAUCUUGUUGGCUCCGCCAUUGACGAGCAUUUGGGCCCUAUGGAACGUGCCUUGGCUGUAAUUCAGCAGUCGGUGGCGUCUAUUGCCACUGGCACUGCAAGCAGAAGGGUCUUCCGCAGCACAUCAGCCGAAAUGGAAGACAGUGAUGCCGAUGAUGAGGAAGAUGAUGGCGAGGAAGCUUCGGUUCGCGAUCGCUCGCCCCACAACAUGAGGGAACGUAAGCUGGAGAUGCUCAAGAAUGUCGUAAUGGAAGCUUUGGUUACGCAUGAUAUCCCUCAACGCGCUUCUCCACACUCCAGCCACGGCGAGUUAUCGCAGCUCAAGGAAAGCAUUGCUGAACUGCAGGCUCUGACGAUCAAGAAGCUCGCUCAGGACCCUGUUGGUGAUAUGCGCGAGAUUAUCGAGGAAGCCAUGGCCAAGCAAUUGGCUCAACAGAUCGCCUUGCAGAAACCCCCGAGCCCGCGCCUGUCAGAGGCCGAGGAGAUUGGAGCUGACAGCCUUAUGCUCCAGAUCGAAGGCCUCAAGGGCAUGUUGCGAGUUGCCGAUGAGCGUGCCGAGCAGGAGUACAAGGAUCGCCGCGAUGCGCAGGAUGCCGUGACUGAGCUCCAGCGAUUGUUGAAGCUUGCCGAGGAAGAUGCAGCUCGUCACAGUGCUGCUGCAGAGGACGCUGAGUCUCGUCUUCUCCAGUUCAAGGAAGAGAAGAUUCCUUACUUUGAGAAGAUGCAGUUCCGCACUGACUCUCUUUCGGAAGAGAGUGAGACUCUCAAGGUUACUAUCGCCGAGUUGUCCACGAAGAACAUCGCGCUUGAGGGUACCCUCGACGAGUUCCGACUUUCUAGCGAUAGCUUCCGUCGUCAACUAGAAACCGCCAAGGGUGAGAACAAGUCUCUCCAUGAGACUAUUGACCACCUGAGAACUCGCAUAGAAGAUAGCAUGAUCUCACGCCAAAACCUCACUGAAAAGUUCGAUCGCCUUCAAGAUGACAUGCUCAACGUCACUACCGAGAUUACUCGCGAUCAAGCUGCCUGGCGGAGAAAGGAGGAAAAGCAGUCUGCUAGGUAUAAUGAGCUGCGCGCGUCGCACUCUCGCGAGCUCCGAUUGCGCCAGAAGCUCGAGGAGGAUGUCCGUGAGUUCGAAAAGAACGAGCGGGAGGCCACGAAGCUGAGAUUCCUCCACGAACAAUCUCAGCAACAUAACGCUAAACUGGAGGACCUAGUCACCAGUCUCCGGGCGGAGAACCAUGACCUGCAAAUCAAGUCUGCCCGGUUCGAACGAGAGCUCAUCGAAACCCGUGAGAGUAGCCGCGCCGAGAUUCAGCGCAUUCGCUCCUCGAUGGAGGCAGACCUUGAAGCUUCCAACAGCCAGGUCAACAUUGUGCGUGCCGAGCUGGAGGCUCAGAUAAUUUGUCUGCAAACUCAACUUGAGAAUGACCGCCAGAGCACCAAUACCUCUCGCGAGCGCUACGAGCUUCUCCUCGAGGAAGCUAGGGACUCAAAGGCCGCCGCCCUGGCUGCCAAGGACCUUGUCAUUGAAGAAAACCGCAAGAUCCAUGAGCGCGUUCUUAAUGACCUCCGUGAACGUCAUGCUCGUGCUUUGCAUAAUUCUUCAGAGGAUCGUGCACGCGGCGAGAGUCAUAGCAUGGAGCGCAUGGCUCUGUCCGAGGACAAGGCUAAACACCUGCAAGAGCGCGUGAAGCUCCUUGAAGAAAAGCUUGAGAUCGCCCAAGCUGCUGCCCGUGCUGCUGCUAAGGCAGCCCACAACGCCAAGGCAAGCCCUAGUUCAGUGCCGGAUACCACACCCUCGCACUCGAGGGCGACACCUUCCAUGUCCUACAACAAGGGCUCUGCAGAGCCUGAACGGAUCUCUCCUCAAGCCCUGCGCGAGUCAAUUUUCGUUCUCCAGGACCAGCUCCAGCAGCGCGAGACACGCAUUGAAGAACUCGAGCAAGAAGUUUCCACAAUAGAUAAAGACGCGCCAAACAAGAUCAAGGAGAAGGACACCGAGAUCACCUGGCUGCGUGAGCUCCUAGGCGUUCGCAUUGACGACCUGCAAGACAUCAUCCAGACCGUGUCCAAGCCCUCAUUCAAUCAGCAAGCCGUCCGCGACGCAGCCAUCCGUUUGAAAGCCAACCUUCAAAUGCAGCAGCAAGAAAAGGAACGCUUAACAACCGGUCGCCUAGCCUCCUUCGCCGACCUUGCCGCGUCACCCCGUUCUCUCCCCCUAGCCGCAGCCGCCGCCUGGGGAAACUGGCGUAAAGGCCGCGAAUCUGCCGCCAACACCUCCGACCAGACCCCAUCAAAACCCAGCAAUGCUAGCACCUUCCUGUCAGGUCUGCUGACGCCCCCGAGCUCCAGCUCUCGAGAGAAUAGCACUGGCUCGCAGACAAGUGCUGCCGCGCGGUUUGCGCAAACUCGCCCCUUGAGAGGAUUCAAGUCAGCUCCAAGACGCGGCUCGGUCCGCAGCCAGGCACCUGUCAUGGAACCGCCUCGGACGCCGCCUCUUCUCCGUCGCUCGAGUUAUGAUCACGACGCUGAGCCAGCGAACUACGAAGAUGGAAGCUUCGCGGAUGAAAACGAGAGUACCGUGGAUGGGAUGAUUUCGGCUUCACCGAAGGGAAGAGACAAUGAGGGCCCGUUUGGGCCUCAGAUCAACGGUUUUGAUGCCGAAGAAAGCGAUAUUCAGGCCAACGCUGACGCUGACAUCUCGUCCUCUGACGAGCCCUCCACUGAGGAAGAGUGA